CGCGAGUAGCUUCUGUCUGACCAAAUCUCCAUCCAAGCAUCAUUCAUUGGUUUUUCGGCCUGGAGUCCAUGUGGCCCGAGCUCAUUUCGAGAUAUGCGAUAGCAACCAACAUUUCCAUCCUUCUCCACUCGCACUCAUGGUCCUCUUGACCCUCACGCCUGCUGCUAAAUCUGCUGUUGACUUGUUCAAUCAGCGAUCUGGCGAGAAGCAUGAUGACUCGUCGAGUGACCCCUCCUUGAGCGAGCCUAGAGUCGGCUCCCCUGUUUCUCACGCCCAGUUGAUCGAGGUUGCCCGCUUCCUGCGUGAAAGCGACGUCCAUAGCAAGGAUGACUAUCGACUUGAUGCGUUGCUCAAGGGAGCGAGCAUCUAUGUGGCCCCACCAAAGCCGAAACCUCAACCAACUGCCGAGUACCUCGCUCUGAUGGCCCGCCUUCGUAGGGAGGAAGAGAACAUUGCAUACCAACGCAUGAUCAAUCCUACAACAUCUAUCCCGGAGCCAUCUCGUAUACGAGUGGAGGACGAAGACGACGAAGUGACGUAUACAGACGUCAAUCGCCAGCUUGCCCUCAUCAUCAACGUCCUCGUCUCUAUCAUCGCUUGUAGUGUCGCCAUAUGGAUUGCCGCUCGUCAUUGGAGCGUACCCCAGAGAAUGGCCCUGAGCAUGUUCGGUAGUGGCACUGUAGCAUUUGCUGAAGUCGCCAUCUACAUGGGCUAUAUCAGACGUAUCAAGGAUGCGAAGCACACUGAGAAGAAGAAGGUCGAAACAAAAGAAGUCGUCGACACGUGGGUCAUUGAGAAGAAGGAUCCGAAGAAAGAACACGAACUUCGGCAGAGGAAAGGUGGUAAGCAUAGGUAAAUCUUAUGCACUAUGUGUUGUCACAUUCCAGACUUGAUUGAGACGUAAAGUGCGUGAUAUGGCCGGGCAGAAUAUAGGUUGAGCUCGAAGCCUACAUCGUUUGUCCAGAACUUGUGACGUGUCAAUGUAUAAACACACGUUGUGAGAUUGUGGAAAGAGGUAAGAUUCACGGAUUUGUGAUUUCGACUCGACGACAGCACCUACCUACACAACAUGUAUCGCAGAUGAGCUUAGCUAAAUACACGACUGAUGGAGCAUAUCUGGACAGGUGAUGCGUCGCUGCAUUCGCAAUCGAUCAUGAGAAAGAUGAGCCGCAUCAAG